AGUGUUCAGAAAAAGAGGAUCAGCCUCUGGAAAUCAGAAUACAAAUAAGCAGACAGGAAAGCUUCUCGUGGCUGCUCUCAGAGAGGCUGCCCUUGGCUGCUGGUAGCUGUUGCUCCCAGACUUCUCUCCUUGCCAUCUUCCGGAACAGCCUGUAUCCAGGAGGCAGAAGAUGCCGCACUCCAGCCUGCAUCCGUCCAUCCCGUGUCCCAGGGGUCACGGGGCCAAAAAAGCAGCCUUUGUCCUGCUGAUUGCCUGCCUGGCGGCCCUUUGGGGAAUGGGAGAGCUGUCAGACCACAUUCUCCAGUGGCUGGUGUUCCACCAUGCCUACCUGCAGCUGGGACUGAUGUUAAAGGGAAUCUGCAACCUGGCUGAGGAGAUGCGCCACGUCCACUCCAGGUACCAGAACAGCUACUGGAGGGCUGUGCGGGCCUGCCUGGGCUGCCCCUUCCGCUGUGUGGCCCUGCUGCUGCUGUCCUGCUAUUUCUACUCCUCCUACCCAAACGCGGAUGACUUGCCCCUCACUUGGGUGCUUGCCCUCCUGGGCCUCUCGCAGGCACUGACUAUCCUCCUGGAACUGCAGGACCUGACCCCAGCUGAGGUCUCUACAGUCUGUGAGAAAGGGAACUUCAACGUGGCCCAUGGGCUGGCAUGGUCAUAUUACAUUGGGUAUCUGCGACUGAUCCUACCAGGGCUCCAGGCCCGGAUCCAAAGUUACAACCAGCGCCACAACAACAUACUGCGGGGUGCAGGGAGCCAGCGGCUGUACAUCCUCUUCCCAUUGGACUGUGGGGUGCCUGACGACCUGAGCGUGGCCGAUCCCAACAUUCGCUUCCUCCAUACGCUGCCCCAGUGCAGCUCUGACCGGGCCGGUGUCAAGGGUCGGAGUUACACCAACAGCGUGUAUGAGCUUCUGGAGAACGGACAGCCAGUAGGCACCUGUGUCUUGGAGUACGCCACCCCCUUGCAGUCGCUGUUUACCAUGUCACAGGAUGGCCGAGCUGGCUUUAGCCGGGAGAAUCGGCUUGAGCAGGCCAAACUCUUCUGCCGGACACUUGAGGACAUCCUGGCAGACGCCCCUGAGUCUCAGAACAACUGCCGCCUCAUUGUCUACCAGGAACCUGAAGAUGGAAGCAGCUUCUCACUGGCCCAGGAGGUUCUCCGGCACCUGAGGCAAGAGGAAAGGGAGGAGGUCACUCUGAGCAGACUGGGGACCUCCGUGGUGCCCUGGAACUCCACGAUGUCCCAGGAGCCCGAGCUCCUCAUCAGUGGCAUGGAAAAGCCCCUCUCUCUCCACACAGAUUUCUUCUGA